UUCCCUUCUCCAAUUAUAGUUGCCUGCAAAUUCAAAAUGAGAAGCUUUGGAAAUCUGGGGCAACUUGCAUUUACUUUGGCAAUUUGCUUAGUAGCAACUACUGUUGUUGCUGAUUACUCUUAUGGCGACACUUCUCCCUCACCCUCUAAGUACUACAAAUCACCUUCGCCUUCAAAGUACCAUGCCCAGGUAACGGUCUCUUACAAACAUUAUCCUUCACACUAUUACAAGUCGCCUUCGCUAUCAAAGUACCAUAGCCAUUCUACCAACAUUUACAAAUCACCUCUACCUUUGAAGCAUGAUUAUUACAAAGCUUCAAAACCAACAAAAUAUUACAAAUCACCACUACCUUUGAAGCAUGAUUACUACAAAGCACCAAAACCAACAAAAUAUUACAAAUCACCCACUCCUCCAAAACACAACUACAAGUCACCAUCGCCGAUUAAGUAUUACAAGUCACCUGCUCCUUCAAAACACUAUUACUACAAGUCACCAUCACCAAUAAAAUAUUAUAAGUCACCUGCUCCUGCGAAAUACAACAAGCCGAAGCCACCAACAAAAUAUUAUAAGUCACCAGUUUACUACAAGUCUCCACCACCACCAAAGUAUUAUGAGAAAUCACCUUCUUAUUACAAGUCAACUCCACCCCCUCUAAAAUACUAUGAACAUUCACCCUCCUAUUACAAGUCACCUCCACCCCCACCGAAAUACUACGAGCAGUCACCAUCUUCCUACAAAUCUCAUCCACCUCCACCAAAGUAUUACGAGCAACAACCUUCAUAUAAGUCUCCACCUCCACCACCAAAAUAUUACGAGCAAUCCCCAACUUACUAUAAAUCAUCUCCUCCACCAUACUACAAAUCUCCUCCACCCCCACCCAAAUACGUCGAGCAAUUACCUACGACUUACAAUACACCACAUCUACCAAAAAUUGAUGAACAAUUACCACCAUACUACAAAUCACCACCAACAACAACAACAAGCUACUACAAGCAAACUCCCACCUACGCGUCACCUCCCCCACCGGUAAAGUAUGAGCAAUCUCCCACCUACAGUUCACCUCCACCACCAGCCUACUAGUAAUUGAUAUUAAAGCCAUUCUUCUCUAUAAUUUCCAUCAUCUCCUUGGCUUUUAACUUCUUUGCAUCUCCAUUUAUUUUUCUACCUUGUUCCUAAGUUGUAUGUAUGGCUUUAAAAUGAUCAGAUCUAAGUGGUGUGUUUUAUUUUAUUGUAUAAGUUGUUUUGAUAUCGAAGAUCGUUGUGAUCUUCAUUGAUUCAGCUCAUUGUAUCAAUAUUUUGGAAUGUAAUUUCUUGAGAAUUCUACUUCACUUCAUA